AUGUCUAGACCAAGUUUCCCGAAUUAUGUGCGCGAGCUUCGAUGGAGACUCCAAAACGCACGCAACCCGUAUCCCAUUGUCGAGGUGAGUACAAAGCCAGUGACCAGAAUCCGGUCGGUUUCUAAUGUGCGUCUCACAAAGGACAUGUUCGAGGGGUUGCACGACCAGCAAGGCAAGAUCAAUGCAUCCGCCGCGAGAAUCUUAGGCCAAACAGUGCGGAUUCAUCAGCUCGAAAGGGCGCUGGAGGAGAAGCAAAGGCAGCUCGACCGGAUGGGCCACACCAAGGAGCGUGAGUUCUGCUACGUGUCUGUCCUCGUCGAUGGGACCUGUAUGCAUUUCCUGAACGAGCUACUGUGGAAAGGCUUUGAUGGCGGUAAUCAAGCUGUCUAUCUCCUCGCCCGGGAGACUCUCAAAUACCUGAGAGCCAAAGACCCCUCCUUAGGCAAUGAAACCACUUGCAGGAUACUCGUGUGUGCGAAUGAGGAUGAACUACAACCACUGUACGGUGCUUCUCUCCUGACAGAGUUCAUACGAGGCUUCAACAGUAAUCGCCUGGCCAACUUUGUCGAUGUGGGUGGCGGGCACGAAAAGGUCGAGGACAAGUUACAUACCGUUUUACGCCAUGACUAUAAUAACAAGCACUGCCGUCACGUUGUGUUUUGCGGAUCCGGGAAUGAUAAGCAUGCCGGUAUCCUCUUUCGAUUCAGAGGAGACCCAGCCAUCACUCUGGUCGAAGGAAAAUUCUUUCCCCCAGGGAUGCGUGUUGUUGCGAACAUCUUUGACACCACCAAGUUCAACGACGUCUUCAUGACACCUGUACCCCAGACCUCGAAUGAAGCUGCACCCCUGGACAGUGUCUCUUCGGGUCGAGCACCACAGCCAUCCUCACUUAACCCCUCCCCCCCAGUCGAAGGGCAAUCGUUUCCCCCAGGGAUGCGUACUGUUGCGGGCGCCUUUGUCACCACCAAGUUGAACAACGUCUCCAUGUCACCUGUACCCCAGACCUCGAAUGAAGCAGCACCCCUGAGCAGUGUCUCUCCGGAUCGAGCACCACAGCCAUCCUCGCUUAACCGCUACUCCACAGUCGAAAAGGUGGAGGAGCAUUUCCGUGUGCACCUAAAUGGCCAGGACCAGCGCGUUGAUAGCAUAAUUCCUCACUCGGAGAAAGAGACGCUUUCUCUGCUGAGGGGCAGGAAGCUGUGCAAUGAGUUCAUUCUUCUGGGAGUCUGUCAAGCUAAAGAGACUGACCGAUGCCGGUACAUCCACCGCGACGUUGCGUGGACCCGACAGCAGAAGCUUGACAUGUUAUACAUCUCUCGGUUAAGAUGUUGUGCUUUGGGAUUCGACUGCCGAAAGCCAAACUGCAUCCAUGGACACCGCUGUCCUUUCGGUGAUAAGUGCAAGAAGGCAAGGUGCGCGUUCACACCGGAGAUGCAUAUCGUUGAUUGUAAUAUUUAUAAAACGUUGUGA